AUGGUUUCGUUCGAAGGUCAUGAGCGUGGCCUAGCGUUGCAUGUGAAUCGUUAUUGUGCAAAACGGAUCCGUGAUUCACUCUUACUGGAGCACAAUUCGAAUACAGCCGAGACAUGCAACGCGAUGUAUUUCGAUCCUGAAAGUCAACAUCGUUGCGAAAAAUAUAUCGUAAUUGAUAUAAAGGCAUGUGGACGAGAAGAUUUGCGGAAACUUGACCUCAGAUUAAGCAAUGUGCAAAAGCGAAAAGCUGAUGGAUCGUUAAUGCCAAAAAAUGCCAAUAUCCCAAAUGAACCCUUUUUGCAGGUGAUGAAUGCAGAGGAUUACGAGAAGCUGUUGAAUGAUCUGGACGUUCAGCUGAUAACAUCACAGCAUCGUGCAUCGCAUCAUCGUGGCAAUCACAAUUUAUCAAUGCGACAUCAACCUUCGAAUAGCGCCACAUCAACUCUACCGCCACCCACCACAACAACGAUGCUUUACACAUCAUCGCAUAGCGACAAUUCAAAUUUUCAUACGCCUGGAAAUAAGGUGCGGAAGUUGAGCAUGUUCUUAGCAUGGCUUUUAGCAUAA